UUUGUUUUUAGCUGACUCUUCUUACACCGUUUCCUUAUAACUAUACCACACAAGACACACUUCUCGUUCUAUCUCUCAAAACACGAUUUACGUUUAGGGUCUCCAGUGUCAAAUUAAUAUACUACCGUUUAGUAAUGGGUUUCUCAAUGUUCUUCUCAUCUGAAAACGAGGUCGUCCAUCAUUCCUCUCCUUAUGCUUCUGUUGACUGUACACUCUCACUUGGAACUCCAGCUACUCGUCUCUGCAAUGACGACGACGAUCGUAGAUUCUCUUCUCAUACCUCAAACAGAUUAGGCUGGGACUUCUUGCAAGGUUCCAAGAAAGGCAGUGGCGGCGGCGGCGGCGGAAAUAACCUCCUCCCUCGGCGUUGCGCUAACUGCGAUACCACUUCUACUCCUCUUUGGAGAAACGGUCCAAGAGGUCCCAAGUCAUUAUGUAAUGCGUGUGGGAUCCGAUUCAAGAAAGAAGAGAGACGUGCGUCCACCACCAGAAUCUCGACUUCCGGUGGAGGAUCAACGGCGGCUGGAGUUCCGACUUCUGAUCAACAUGGAGGUGCAAAUUAUUAUUACAACAACAACAAUCAUUAUGCUUCACCGUCACCUUGGAUUCACCACCAACAUCAUAAUACGCAGCGAGUCCCUUAUUACACCUCGGCAAAUAACGAAUAUUAUUCUUUCGUUGACGACGUCAGAGCGGAAAAUCAUGACGUCACAGCGGACCCGUUCUUGUCUUGGAGGCUUAACGUCGCCGACCAGACCGGCCUUAUGCACGAUUUUAUGAUGUAAUGAAUGAUCGUUUUAUAGUCUUUCCCCUUAUAAUGUCAUAGCCUUGGAUACCAUUUAGCAUAAAAGAGUAGAGUGAAGUCUUGCAGCCUUGGCCAAAUUAUUUAAUUUAAUAUAUAUAUUUGAAUGUUCUUUUUUUUUCUUUUUGGGUCUUUGUGUAAGCUACUUGUGUUUUCUUGUCCUGACUUUUUGAAUGUUCU